AUGUUUCACUCAGGCAAGAAACUGUUUAGUAGCUGCACCAGACGGCAGUGUGGCACCAAGUCACUUGACAUGCUUGCAUCCCUCUGCGUCCAUAUUCUUAACGUACGAGAGCACAAAUCAAAGGAAAACCACUCAAAUCAGGUACUAAUUACCAGUGAUCAGAUAGAAAAACAGGGAUUAUCAGGCGUGCAAAACAAGGGCCCCUGGUCUGAGGAGGAGGAUCUGAGACUGGUUCGGAUCAUUGGACGAUACGAGCCCAGAAACUGGAGCCUCAUUGCUGAGAUGGUUGGAACUCGCUGUGGGAAGCAGUGCCGUGAAAGAUGGCACAACCACCUGAAUCCAGUUGUAAACAAGUCGUCCUUCACACGCAGUGAGAGGAAGCAGAUCCACGCCUUGCACCGGAAGCACGGAAACAGGUGGUCUCUGAUUGCGAAGGCACUGCCUGGUCGCACUGACAAUGCGAUUAAGAACUUCUGGAAUUCUGAGCUAAAGAAGAAGCAUCCUCGAAACAACUAA